AUGGCGGAGACCACGGAGGCAAAGACAUUGCCCGAGGCAGAUAAGAAGAAGGAGCAAAGCCUUCCCUUUUACCAGCUCUUCUCUUUCGCUGACAAGUAUGAUUGGCUUCUCAUGAUCUCCGGGAGCAUAGGAGCAAUCAUUCAUGGCUCAUCCAUGCCUGUCUUCUUCCUCUUGUUCGGUGAAAUGGUUAAUGGGUUUGGCAAAAACCAAAUGGAUUUGAAGAAAAUGACCGCAGAAGUAGCAAAGUAUGCUCUGUACUUCGUUUACCUUGGUCUCAUAGUAUGCUUCUCAUCCUAUGCAGAGAUUGCAUGCUGGAUGUACACUGGGGAAAGGCAAGUGAGCACACUGAGGAAGAAGUAUUUGGAGGCAGUGCUGAAACAAGACGUGGGUUUCUUUGAUACAGAUGCAAGAACUGGAGACAUAGUCUUCAGUGUCUCAACGGACACCCUUUUGGUCCAAGAUGCCAUUAGCGAGAAGGUGGGCAAUUUCAUACACUAUCUUUCAACAUUUCUGGCGGGGCUGGUGGUUGGUUUUGUAUCAGCAUGGAGGCUGGCGCUGCUGAGUGUGGCUGUGAUUCCAGGGAUUGCUUUUGCCGGGGGCUUAUAUGCCUAUACACUCACCGGCCUCACCUCCAAGAGCCGCGAGUCAUAUGCAAAUGCAGGGAUUAUGGCUGAGCAGGCCAUUGCACAAGUUAGGACAGUUUAUUCAUAUGUUGGUGAAAGCAAGGCCCUCAAUUCCUAUUCGGAUGCCAUACAGAACACCCUGCAGCUUGGUUACAAGGCUGGAAUGGCCAAAGGUCUGGGCCUAGGGUGUACCUAUGGCAUAGCUUGCAUGUCAUGGGCACUUGUUUUCUGGUAUGCCGGUGUGUUUAUCCGAAAUGGGCAGACUGAUGGUGGGAAAGCAUUCACAGCCAUUUUUUCAGCCAUUGUUGGUGGCAUGAGCUUGGGUCAGUCAUUUUCAAAUCUUGGGGCCUUUAGCAAAGGUAAAUCAGCUGGAUACAAAUUGAUGGAGAUUAUUAAGCAAAAGCCCACCAUAAUUCAAGAUCCCUUGGAUGGAAAGUGCUUGUCUGAUGUUAAUGGCAAUAUAGAAUUCAAGGAAGUAACCUUUAGCUACCCUUCAAGACCAGACGUUAUCAUCUUUCGGAAUUUCUCAAUCUUCUUCCCAGCUGGAAAGACUGUUGCUGUUGUUGGUGGUAGUGGUUCUGGGAAAAGCACUGUUGUCUCUCUGAUAGAAAGGUUCUAUGAUCCUAACCAGGGGCAGGUGUUGAUUGAUAGUGUGGACAUAAGAACACUGCAACUGAAAUGGUUACGUGAUCAGAUUGGCCUUGUUAACCAGGAGCCUGCACUUUUUGCAACUACUAUACUUGAGAACAUUCUCUAUGGAAAGCCUGAUGCAACAAUGGCUGAUGUAGAAGCUGCAGCCUCUGCAGCCAAUGCUCAUAGUUUCAUCACCUUGCUUCCCAAUGGGUACAACACUCAGGUUGGAGAGCGAGGAGUUCAACUAUCUGGUGGGCAAAAGCAGAGGAUUGCAAUUGCCAGAGCUAUGUUGAAAAACCCAAAGAUCCUCCUUCUGGAUGAGGCAACCAGCGCACUUGACGCAAGCUCAGAGAGCAUUGUUCAAGAAGCUCUAGACCGUCUCAUGGUUGGAAGAACAACUGUAGUUGUGGCACAUCGCCUUUCCACCAUAAGAAAUGUUGAUAGCAUUGCAGUCAUACAACAAGGGCAAGUUGUUGAGACAGGAACACAUGAAGAACUGAUUGCCAAAGCAGGUGCCUAUGCCUCAUUAAUUCGGUUUCAAGAAAUGGUCGGUAACAGAGACUUCAGGAAUCCAUCUACACGUUGUUCACGUUCGUCACGGCUGAGCCACUCAUUGUCAACAAAGUCUUUGAGCCUUCGGUCUGGCAGCUUAAGGAACCUAAGCUACCAGUACAGUACCGGUGCUGAUGGGCGGAUAGAGAUGAUUUCAAAUGCUGAAACAGACAGGAAAACUCGAGCUCCUGAUGGCUAUUUCUUCCGGCUUCUCAAGUUAAACGCUCCUGAAUGGCCCUAUUCAAUUAUGGGAGCUAUAGGAUCAGUACUGUCCGGGUUUAUUGGUCCAACAUUUGCUAUUGUAAUGAGCAAUAUGAUUGAGGUUUUCUACUAUAGAAAUCCUGCCUCCAUGGAAAGGAAGACAAAGGAGUAUGUUUUCAUUUACAUUGGAGCUGGCCUCUAUGCUGUGGCUGCAUAUUUGAUACAACAUUACUUCUUCAGUAUCAUGGGAGAGAACCUCACUACCAGAUUACUUCUUCUUCCUUCAGCAAUCUUGAGAAAUGAAGUUGGAUGGUUUGAUGAAGAGGAGCACAACUCUAGCCUUCUAGCAGCCCGAUUGGCCACAGAUGCUUCUGAUGUGAAGUCAGCAAUUGCUGAGAGGAUAUCUGUAAUAUUGCAGAACAUGACUUCACUCCUCACUUCAUUCAUAGUUGCUUUCAUAGUGGAAUGGAGGGUCUCUCUGCUCAUUUUAGCAACCUUUCCUCUUCUAGUGCUAGCCAACUUUGCUCAGCAACUUUCUUUGAAAGGGUUUGCUGGAGACACUGCCAAGGCUCAUGCAAAGACAAGCAUGAUUGCAGGGGAGGGAGUGAGCAAUAUCCGAACAGUUGCUGCCUUCAAUGCCCAAAACAAGAUUCUCUCUCUCUUCUGCCACGAGCUCCGUAUCCCUCAGCUUGGAAGCCUUCGCCGGAGCCAAACUGCUGGCCUUCUAUUUGGCCUCUCUCAGCUUGCAUUGUAUGCCUCUGAGGCUCUCAUUUUAUGGUAUGGUGCCCACCUUGUCAGCAAAGGUGUCUCAACCUUCUCCAAAGUAAUCAAGGUUUUUGUGGUCCUGGUUGUAACAGCUAAUUCAGUUGCUGAAACUGUUAGCCUUGCCCCUGAGAUUAUUAGGGGUGGUGAAGCUGUUGGUUCAGUCUUUUCAAUCCUUGAUCGUCAAACGAGGAUUGACCCGGAUGAUCCCGAGGCGGAGAUUGUUGAAACAAUUCGCGGUGAAAUUGAACUUAGACAUGUUGAUUUUGCCUAUCCAUCACGACCUGAUGUCAUGGUCUUUAAAGAUUUUAAUCUGAGAAUCCGCACUGGCCAAAGCCAAGCACUUGUUGGAGCUAGUGGUUCAGGAAAGAGUUCUGUGAUUGCAUUGAUUGAGAGGUUUUAUGAUCCCAUAGUUGGUAAAGUAAUGAUUGAUGGCAAAGACAUUCGACGUCUGAACUUGAAGUCUCUCCGGCUAAAAAUUGGUUUGGUACAACAAGAGCCAGCCUUGUUUGCAGCCAGCAUUUUCGAAAACAUUGCCUAUGGCAAAGAAGGGGCAACUGAAGCAGAAGUAAUCGAAGCAGCUCGUACUGCCAAUGUGCAUGGUUUUGUUAGUGGAUUGCCUGAUGGCUACAAAACCCCGGUUGGGGAGAGAGGGGUUCAGCUCUCAGGGGGACAGAAACAAAGAAUUGCAAUAGCAAGGGCUGUGCUCAAGGACCCAACAAUACUUUUGCUUGAUGAGGCCACAAGUGCACUUGAUGCUGAAUCAGAAUGUGUACUACAAGAAGCACUCGAGAGGCUUAUGAGGGGCCGCACCACCGUGCUGGUUGCCCACCGUUUAUCGACGAUCAGAGGGGUGGACAGCAUUGGUGUGGUUCAAGAUGGGCGCAUUGUGGAACAUGGUAGCCACUCGGAACUGGUGAGCCGCCCUGAUGGGGCUUAUUCUAGACUGCUGCAGCUACAGCAUCAUCAUAUAUGA